ACCUGACGCGCUGAGGGAAGGCAAGGGGGCGCUCACCUGCGCGCGGUACAAACGAUUAGAGGCUAUACCCGACUACGAACAUGAGGUCUCCUGCGCCUGUACUUCUGCCUGCUCUGAUAGACCGGACAUCCAACCACGAUGGGGAAAUUUGCCCCCGAGAUCUUUCCUGAUGAACGUACCUCCACCCUGUUCCCGCAAGGCCGCUGCUGGCAGUCCUCUACCCCCCUUGGUGCAUUUUGGAGGAGGCAAUAGACACCACAUAAUGGCAUACGGCAGGGACGAAAACGAGGACGAGGACGACAGCAACCAGUGGACCACUGUUCAAAUCGUCACACCCAUUGUCGUCGGCCUUGGCAUCCUUCUCAUCUGCUUUGCACUCUUCCUCUGGUACCGCGCUCGUCACAAGCCCGCCAAUGCCUACCCACGGCGCCCCCAUUCUGCCCUGGAGCGCGCCCGCCACCUCCCGGUCUUCAAUAGCUUCAAUUCCCUCCCGCAGGUCCGCGAAGCCUCGCCCGACCCUAAUUGGACCAUCGACGUUGACGCCGCGAACGAUCCUUACCUCCACGCCAAUGGGGCUGGCCAUGCGCGCUCCUCGUCCGCGACACCCUUGGUCGGUACUUUCUGCAGUGCGACGAACCUGAGCCGACGCACGGAGGAGUGGUCCGACUCUGGGUCCGGUCCCUGGAGCCGCGUGCGCUUGUGGUACAUGCGCGCGAAGUGGGCGAUGCCCUGGGCGGAGCGGCCGGUGAAGAUCAAGUCGACGCAGCCGAACAAGCGGUGGCGGAUCGACGGGACGCCGGGGCCUUCACGGAGAACGACAGCGCAGGCAUCAGUAGCGGCGCACGGUGCUACCGACAGGGCUCUCGUGAACGGUCAUGUCGAACAUGGACCUGACGAGGAGGAACGGCUUCUGCCGGACUUGGCUUCCCCCGGCGCGGGUCAGCCGCCCGUAUUGCUCAACCAGAAUGCGCAGACGACUAGUCCUCGCGCAGCCACAUUUUCUGCGUCGCCGCCCACUCGGCAGGAUUCAGGGGGCUUGCGUAAUGUACCAGCGGAGCCCGAGGGCGACCGUGGGCUUCUCCCGGAUGACACAAGCGUCGUUCUUAUUUCGCGGUUCCCGGGAGAAGACUUCACGAUAGCGUCUUCCAGUGAUGACCAACACCGCGGGAUCGUCGUCGUGCCCCCGUCUCGGCACGGGACAACGUCGACUGCGAGGCAAGAAUCUUCGUCGGAGCACUGGCAAACGCCGUCCCCCAGCCCCCGGCGAGAGGCAUCGCCCAAUAGCUGGCGGGACGCGUUCUCUCCGCCUUCGCCAAUUUCACCAUCGCCUGAAGGACAGGCAGUACAGGCGCCUCAGUUGACACCGUCGCCCAAGACCUCGCCUGCCCGAGACUCACCUAUGGAAGACGGAUCGCGCUUCAUUGACUUUGCGGGGCAUUUCCUCUAUCCUUCGCCGCAAUUCCAAGCAAGCGGGUCGGGCUCCAGUGCCGAUCUCAUUACGCCCGCCAGCACGGCGCCAUCUUACGAUCGGUACUACGAUGCGCAUUCGCCACUCACAGCGACCAUUUCUCCUGCCGAAGCCUCUUCGGAGAAUACUCAUGGCGUACAGAACCUGAGCUCACGAGGUCAUGACAUCCCGCCCGCUCCCACUAUGACCGGACCACGAGCGCCACGUUCGCCCUCCGGCCAAGAUGCGAGCAUCGCCGGCCGUGGUGUCAAUACAUCGAGCGUCGACUUGAACUCUUCCGCGCCGGACUUCGACCCAUACAACGCCGACCUUGAUCGUCACGAGCGCCUCCCCACCUAUCGCGAAGCCUCCCUCAGCCGCCGUCCCCUCCCCACGCCCUCUCCCCACCUUCUCAGCCCGCCCGGGAGUCCGCCGAGUCGGCACAACCCCACCGCGAACCACGACCCGCCCCGGUACUCCAACCCGCAGUACCUCAGUCCACCCGGAAGCCCGCCGCGUGGCUUACAGCACCAACAGUUCCGCUCGCUUGGUGAUAUGCGGGCGGAUGAUUCUGACUGGCAACCGGGUCGUCUGCCGCCGCGCGAGCGAUGGGUGUCGGCUGACGACCUGCUUGCGCAGCCGGAGGAGCAGGGGUGCGUAGAACCAUCUUCGACUGUUCUCUCCAAGCUGAUUAUCCCAUCUAGACGCACUGGUAUCAACCCAUUUUUGUCACCGCCAUGCCCGACACUCGACAUGUGGACCGACAUCGACGUCCCGAUGGCUUGCAAGCGCCGUCAAUGUUGUCUCGGGUAUUCUCAACACGCAAACAACCCUAAGCCGCUCAAGCGGCUCGCAAGCGCCAACAUUAUCUCCCGAGGUAGCCCAAUGCCACAGGGUUCGCGCCCCUCAAAGAGCUUUGAGGUCUUCGACACAUACUCCGCUCAAGCCUAUGAUGCUGGCAAGUGCAUCAAUGUCUCUCGAGGCUACCCCGACAUCUUGUCCCUCAACAUAACGACGACUCGCAAGCGCGUCAAUGUCCCGGGCUCGUCCAAUGUCACUAGCUCUCGCAUUUACCCUCGCCAGCACCCCGAUGCCAUGCAAGAGCGUCAAUGCCCUCUCGAGCUCGCCCAAUGCCGCGGACACGGGAAGCUCAAUGAAUGCCUUAACCUCGCAUACCACCGCCACGAUGCGUCGCAAAUGCAUCAAUGUAGUGUCGGCUGGGCCCAAUGCCGCGGCGACCGGGUAGCCCCAUGCCUCGACAACGCCCCGAUGCCACGCAAGAGCGUCAAUGUUUUCGUGAGCCCGCCCAAUAACCCGGGAAGUGGGCGGCUCAAUGGCCCCAAGUCCCAGCCAUCAACUGGCAAUGCUCCCGAGCUCGCCCUCGACGAUCACGACGUGAGACGAAGGACCGGCACUGUCCAAUGGGGCUUCACUUGCGCGGCGACGCAAUGA